CCGCAGAGGCCGCGGCGCCCAGCCCGCCCGCUCCGCGCCAUGGCCCCGCACGCCCGGCGGUGCCGCCCGCUGCCCGCGCUGCUGUGGCUGUGCGCGCUGCUCUCCCCGCUGCAGGUGACUUUUCAGAUCACUGUUCUGUGUCCCAGUGAGAGGCAUUACGAGCGGUUUGGACGAUGCUGCAACAAAUGUGAGCCAGGAAAGUACAUGUCUUCUAAAUGCACUGCUACCUCUGAAAGUGUAUGUCUGCCCUGUGGCCCAGAUGAAUACCUGGAUACCUGGAAUGAAGAAGAUAAAUGCUUGCUGCAUAAAGUUUGCGAUACAGGCAAGGCUCUGGUGGCCGUGGACCCCGGCAACCGGACGGCCCCGCGGCGCUGCGCCUGCACCGUCGGGUACCACUGGAGCGACGACUGCGCCUGCUGCCGCCGCAACACCGAGUGCGCGCCAGGCUUCGGCGCCCAGCACCCCUGUACGCAAUCCGCUCCGGGCGGCUGUCUACACUUACUAAAUCUGCAGCUCAACAAGGACACAGUGUGCAAACCUUGUCUUGUCGGCUACUUCUCAGAUGCCUUUUCUUCCACGGAUAAAUGCAAACCCUGGACCAAUUGUACCAUUCUUGGAAAGGCAGAAAAGCAUCACGGGACUGAGAAAUCAGAUGUGGUUUGCAGUUCUCUGCCAAUGAGAAAAUCACCUAAAGAAUCCCAAACGUAUUUGCCCAGCUUAAUUAUUCUGCUUCUCUUCAUAUCUGUGGCAUUAGUUGCUGCCAUCAUCUUUGGUGUUUACUAUAGGAAAAGAGGGAAAGCACUAACAGCUAGUUUGUGGCACUGGGUCAGUGAGGCAUGCGGCGGCCUAAGAGGAAAUAAGCAGGAGUCCCCGGGCGACAGUUUCAGCCGCACCCCGGUGGCAGCCACUAGCCAGCGGGAAGCUCAUGAAGGUGCCUUCCUGCUGACUCUGGAAGAGAAGAUGUUUUCCGAGAACAUGUGCUGUCCAGAUGGCCAUGGAGUCCCUGGGGGUGUGGGUGCCAGAGGAGAAGAUGCCCUGCUGCUCUCCGUGGUCAGCGAGGUCCAGGGUGACCCCUUCGGGCAGGUUCCCAUGGAAGACGAGUAUGUGGACAGGCCCUCCCAGCCCCCAGACUCUCUCCUGUGCCCGACUCAGCCCGGAAGCAAAUCCACACCCCCUUUCUCUGAGCCCCUGGAGGUGGGAGAGAAUGACAGCUUAAGCCAGUGCUUCACUGGGACAGAGGGCAUGGUGGAUGCAGAAAGCUGCGAUUUUGCUGAGCCCCUGUGCAGGACUGACUGGAUUCCUGCCUCCUCCGAAAUGUACUUGCAGAAGGAGGUGGAGGCUGGGCAUUGCUCAGACUGGGCAGCCAACUCCACCUGGGCAGGUGGCUCUGCAGACUGCAGGAACCUUCCUGGGGAGGACCGGGACCCCAUCUUGGGUUCCCCCAAAAGUGGACCCUUGCCCCAGUGCGCCUAUAGCAUGGGCCUCCCCCUGGAAGAAGCAGCGGACAUGGCAGAGGGGGGAGACCAGCCCUUGGGUGGGGCUGAUGGGAAACUGCCAAGCUCAGCCAGGGGAGGAAGCCCUGGUUCCGGAAGUUCCUCCAGUGACCACCCUCCUGCAUCUGGAAAUGUGACUGGAAACAGUAACUCCACGUUUAUUUCCAGCGGGCAAGUCAUGAACUUCAAGGGCGACAUCAUCGUGGUGUACGUCAGCCAGACGUCGCAGGAGGGCGCCGCGGGGCCCGGCGCUGGGGGGCCGGGGGAGCCCGCGGGCCACCCGGUGCAGGAGGAGGGCGCCGGCCGCAGGGCCGCCUUCGCGGGGCCCGGCCCGCGCUUCCCGGACAAGGCCGCCGACGAGCCGGCGCCCCCGGGGCCCGCGGAGGCCUCGCGGCCGGUGCAGGAAGAGGGGGCGCGCGCCGCCGUCCAGCCCCCGGCCGCCCGUGACCGCGGGGACGGCGCGGUGCCCGCAUCCCCCGCGCGGGGCGCUGGCGGGACGAGGCGAGAGCCCCCCGGUGGCCCGGACGCACCCCCCGGGGACCUGCACUUCCGGUCGCCGUGAGCGAGUCCGCAGGCUCAGCCGCGGGUGCCCCCUGCCUGCAGAAGGGACCGGGCGGGGGACGCCCGAGCCUGGGAAGGACAGCGCGGGAGAGGCGAGAUGGGGGCUGGCCGCCCUCGGGCUCGGUCGCCCUCCGGAGACAUAGCAAGGAUGGCCGUUUGGCUGGUUCCAAAUCUGCUGCCUUGAUGCCCUGUUUAUUCGGUACAUUUGUAGAAGAUUACAUGACCUUUUCCCCCCGUCUCUCUCUUCCUGGAAAGUUACUUUGUAGAAAGUAGCUUUAUUAUUACUACUCACUGAUGUCCACAACCAUUUAUCACCCAAUUACACAGGUACCUAUUUCUUCCUUUGGUCGGGCCAUGUUUUGCUUUCUUUUAUGGUUUUUCUCUCUCCCCACUCCCAAUUAUCUCAUCAGGAAUUUGUCUCUGUGACAUCUGUUUUUCGACUGUCCUGUUCCAUUUGGAUCUUUUUUUCUCUCUAUUUGUAUUUCACUUUCAAUUGUAGAGUAUUGCUUGAGACUUUUUUUUUCCACUUUUUUGACUGUGUAAGGGUGUUUUUGUUUGUUUGUUUUUUACAUGUUUUCUUCUGCACCCUUUCUCACAGGUCACCGCGUGCCUGUGUUUGGGGGGUGGCUUUAGUCUGGGUGUCUGUACUAAGCGCUUUGGAGAAAGCUUCAAACAUGAAAACCCACAGAAAGGGCUAGGGAAGGUGGAGGGACUUUUAUUUUCUGAAAACUUUUUUGUUUCCAUUUUUUCUAAAAGAAGGAAAAAGGGAAGGCCCAUUUUUUUUCCUGAAUAUUUUUAAAUUUGCAUCAAUCCUUCAGCAGAACUAAAAUUCAUUGUGUGUCCUUCUCCCCUACACCAUCCCAAGGGAAAGCUUCCUAGGGUGAAUUUAUUUAUCCACUCUUUGGAAGAGACAUGGAAAAUGAACAGGACACCGGUACAAUCUGCACACAAAUUAAAAAGGAGGUGCUGGGGUAGUUAAGAAAGGGCGAAUAAAGUUGAAAUAUUAUUUUGCAUUUUCUCUUCCUAGAUAAGUAUGGCAUAAUGUUUUUAGGCAGUAGGCCUUUUUUUUCUCCCUGUGUCUCUGAUUUAGCCUUGUAUAAGUGGAAAACAUUACAGCUAUUUUCCAAUGCAUUUAAAUUAAGGCCCAAAUCUUCAUAUUGUGAAUAUUAGAAAACUGUCAUAGAGGUGUUUUUCUCUUGGUGAGGAGACACUGUGAGUCAGACUGAAAGGACUCAGUUGGGUGUUCCCCCUUCUGGGGUCAGUGAGUAUUGGUUCUCCUCAAAUACUCAGAGGAGAAAAGUUAAAAUACCUAAGCAAAUUAAGGUUAAUUUUGUGGAUCUGGUAGGUUAUAAGAGUGGUAAGAUGGUCACUGGCCAGGACUUUAAUGGCCACAAAUGACCAGUGAACGGAAGGGCUGUAGAUCCUUAGUUUCUCCUUACAAGUUGCUGUUCUCCUGAAACUCCACUGAGACAGAAGCAGUCAAUUACAAUUUUAACAGAGAAGCAUAGGGCAGCUCUAUAAUUGAUGUGAAAUCUGUAGCUGACAUAAAAAACAAAACAAAAAAACCACUGCAGGAAAUAACUGCAUUGCCAGGUGAGCAGAUGGCUUUAAAAGGGCAGACCCUUUUAGAUGUUUUAAAAGGGAAGAGACCAUGAUACCUUUUAAUAUGGAAUAUAUUGAAAUAUAGUUCACAAAGAAGGAUGCUGAACUAAAAGCCCAAGUUUCUGUUGUGACACCAUCAUCUCACUGAUAUUACUGUGCCUUUCUGUGCUUUCAUUUUUCUUUCUAUAUAAAGGCAGUAAUUAUCAUUUUUACUAGUUUCCCUAUUCAGAGCUAUCAAAAGGACACUAGAGGAAAUGUAAAGUAUAUACUUUGAACUCCUUAAAUAAAAGAUGCUAUAUAAAUACAUAAAAAUCUAUUUUCAGAAGAAGGUAAUUAUUCUUUCCCACACUGAUCCCUACAGAUUCUAUAUUGAUCCAAAAAAACUAAAUGAUAGGAAAUGAAUAAAAAAUACAGGUUUGUGUGUGCAUGUUAUAGAGAUGUAUGUGACAAAUGUAAACAGAAUGAAAUGAAGGCAAUAAUGAAGAAUUGUUUGGAGGAAGUGAUAAAGAGAUUAUUAAACUCAUAUUUGACCAUAAA